UUACAUUUCAUUUCAUUACAUUAUGUUACAUUACAUUACAUCACAUUACACUACAUUACAUUACAUUACAUUACAUUACUUUAUGUUACAUUACAGUCUUCUUGGGAGUUGUUGUUUUUUUAACGUCCCCACAUUCUCCUGUACGGCCCCUCCAACGUUCCCCUGCUGUGGGACGGGGACGGGGGUCCCUCUGGAUUCCUGGGCCGCCUGGGAGGCUUGCUGUCCUGGGGGGAGUUGGGCCUGUCUGGGGUGAGCCGUGCGGAGCGGCCCUUCACUGAAGCAGGUGCUUUGCAUGCGGAGGUGGUUUACACUGUGGACAGUGAACAGAGCCCCACCACAGAGCAGACUCUCAUUCUGUUCCUCUUCAUCCAGCACAGCGACCCCUUCCACUCCCAGCUCUCUGAUCACAUAGCCAGUGAGGAGGUCCUGGAGCAGCACCUGGACCAGAUCCUUCUGCACAACGAGGACCGUGUGCGGUCAGCCCUGCACUCUGUCCUGGAGUCUGCUCUCAGGACCACUCUGAAGAGACUGAAGGCCCGGGCGAAGAUAAUGUCCGCUCUGCCAGUCAUUCUGAGCUCACUGUCCACUGUGGUAACCAGCAGCAGCAGCCUGGAGUUCAGGACCGCCUGUCUGGACAGAAUGAAGGUGCAGGACACACAUGAGCUCGCCAUCCGUCUGCGCCAGUCUCUGCAGAAAGUCACAGAGGAUCGGGUCCUGCACAGCCGCAAGUGUGACAGCGGCAAGCAGUGUUUGCCGGCUGCCCCGGGGGUUGAGGACGUGUCUGGACACAGGGAGGCUGAGACCAGGGGGACGGGUGAGCAGGAGUGGGCGUGUGCAGAGCACUCUCAUCAUGAUGAGGGAGCAGAGGCGGCUCCUGUGGGGCCGCAGGGAUCGGCGGGCCAGGGAUCGGGAGCAGAAAAGAGGCAGUGCACCGAGGAGCCGGACUCAAACCCGCCGCCCCUGAAGCAGCGAGGCGCGAGGGGGGCGAGCGUAGACCUGCGGCCGUCUGAGAGUCUGCACAGCCCCCCUGCUCACGCCGCGCCCCCCCAGGACAAGGGGGACCAGCAGGAGGACAUGCUAUGGCUGCAGGAGGUCUCCAAUAUGUCCGAUUGGGAAGAGGAAUGUUGAGCCCCAUUCAGAUGUAGGCGACGGUGCUAGCGCAGUGUAGCAGCAUUAGCGGUCUCUGAUGGAUGAGGACUGAUUCACUGCUCUGUCCACAUUGACACACUGCAGUGACCUGACAGGACCCUACACACUUCCUGCAGAGCGUGUGUCUGAAUGGAUCCCUCCUGGGGAAUGUUACUGUUUAGAUUUACUUAUCACCAAUUAAUAGCUAUACAUCUCCUAUGAGCUGUUAUAAUGGUGUUUCAGUUUGCAUAUUUUAGUUCUUAUUCUGGAAAACGGUUUCCAUGGUUGCGCCAACUUAAUUUGAGCCGCGGCUAAUAAACUGUAAUCACAUGAGUGAAUGCCCUGAAUGCUAAACAGUGUAUUCCGUCUAUGUUAAUUUGUGUGUUCUGGCUAUUGCACAGUUUUGUAAACGAGUAACAAACAGAAAAAAGGUGCAGUGGAUGAAUAUGUGAAGAAUCAAAAUGAAAGGAUAUAGGAAAAUACCAAUGACAAAAUUUCUGUCCCUAAAAUAUGAUUGUAGAUACAAUGUCUUUUUUUGCAUUUAGAGGCAUCUGGCCAGUCACACCAUUUACCAUUUCACCAUUUAUUUUAAAAAAUUAAAUUGAGAACAGCAAUUGAGAAAAAUGUAGCAACUUUUAGUAUAUUACUAAUUCUAUCUUAUUUUCCUGUAUUUUAGAGUUUUCUUUUUAUAUUUAUUCCUGUUCAUAUGAUCUGUUUCCAGUAUCUUCAGGAUGCAUUUACAGACCGAGGAAUGUUUUCUUUGGAUGCUGAACUGGCUUUUAAAAUUAUUCUUAUUAUUAGUAGUAAAAUAGGUACAACCACAAACUCCACGGUUUGCUUUUCUCAAAAUUGUGUUACAGUAUUUUAUGGAGGGGUGACUCCACACGUGUAAUAUGUUCGUUGAAAUGAAAAAUGUACUCAACUGAGAUUU